CGCCGGCCAAUCAGAGAGGCGGAGCGCGGCGGGGAUUUCAAACGGCGCGGCCGCUCCCAGUCCGGCCGGACAUGGCGGCGCGGCUCCCCCCGCAGCUCCACAGCAGCCGCAGGUCCGACCCCACGUACCGAGAACAGAGAAGACAAAAAGUCGAAGAAUAUCUAUCAAGAAAAAAGACCUUUUCUGGCAUGCCCAUCCAUGACAAUGAGGCAUCAAUCAGUAGCAGAACUAGGAAAGCAACUAGCAAUAAACUGCAAGAUAAAACAAAGCUGUCAGCAUCUCCAAAGCCAGAAAUGGAAGAUAAGGAGAACGCCAAUGAGCUUUCAUGGGACCAAUCGAGCAGAACAUCAGAAGAAAAUAUCAUUUUAAAAUCUUCUACGGUCACUCUGGCAUCGGAGAUGGAUCCUGAAGUUUGUGCUUCAGUGAAUAAAGGCAAUGAAAUCAAGUCUGAGCGUGUGUUACUCAGCAAGUCCUUGCAAGUAAAAACGAUAAAGGAGAAACAACUGACAGCAGAAAAACACAGUUCAAAUGUCAGCCUACCAAGGAAACCGGUGCUUGGUACGUAUCGUGGCAGAGUCAUCCAAUCCAAGAUCAACUCCUUCCGAAAAGCACCAAAGAGUGAGGGGGAGAAGAGUUCUGUGUCAGAUGAGAAGCUUCUUACUUCUGCCACCAAACCAGCAGUGAAAUCUUUGUCCAGAGGCAGCUGCAAUGUAGUUCUGAAGACUGUCAAAGUCACAAAUUAUCCUAAUUCUGCGAAACCUAAUUGUGUCCUGCCACUACAGAGCAAACAGUCUGCCAAGCCUGCUAUUAACUCUCAGUCCAGCCUCAAUAAACAGCCAUCGACAUCUGCUGUAGUACCAAGAAAAUUAACAGUCCAAAAAACGAUUGGGAAGAGGGGACCUCAGCAACCAAGGGGUGCUUCUAUGAAUUCUGACCAUGGAACACUAGGAGUCAAGAAAUGUGAGGACCUUUGUAAAGAUGGAAAACCAGAAGCUCCAGCAAAACGAUUUUCUGUUUUUCCCAGUGGCAAAGUAGGACAGGAUUAUAAAGCUAACAACAUCAAGAAAUCUCUUUUUCCAAGAGAAUCGGCAGAGGAGAGAAGAGUUCGCCUGGCUGAAUGGAGGGCGUCUAGAGGAAAAGUGAUGAAGAGGCCACCUACAUCUGUGCUUUUGGGAACACAGCCUAAGAAUGAAGAACAAGAACUUGCUUAUACUGGUGGUUCCUUAAAUCACGAAUUAAAUAGUGAAAAAGUCAACAAGACUCUCACAGAAUGUCUGCAGUUAGCUGAGCAGGGAUGUCAAGGUAACAAAGCACGUGCCAUGUUGGAAGAACUGAUAGGGAGUAUUCCUGGGGCUAAAAAGCUUGCGAAAUAUUGGAUCUGCUGGAUGCGUCUUGAACAGAUGGGCCCCCCUGAGAAGCUUGUGGCUGGCUAUGAGGAGGCUAUUUUGGCAGGAGCAAUGCCUAGAGAUGAACUGCGGCGCAUGCUAAUAGAUGCUAUCAGAAACACUGAGAACUUGGUUAAGUCUGAGGAUGGGGGAGCUGUGAUGGAAACUCAUUUAAGUGAGGUAGUGGAAAUCAGCAAAGAACUCAAUUCAUCUGUUGAGCAGGUUCAUGAGGCCUUCAAGGAUCUUAAUGUGGAUGAUCAGAAAGCAGAGAAUGAUGACAAGAAGGAAGAGACUGGCAAUGAAAUGGUCAAAAAAGAACCAGAUCUAGUCUUUAAACCAGAAGAGAUCUUGCCAAAGAAGAAUAAAAAGCACAAAAAUAGAGAACGUAGAAAGAAAGGGAAAUGUGAAAGAAAAGAGCAGAGUGAAGAUAAGGUAAAAGAUACAGCUCAAACAGUUAACUCUCCUGAGAAGAAUAAUGACACAGGUUCUUUAAUGAGUUGCAAUCCAUCUACCAACCCCUGUUUGGAAAGUGUGAAGAUGCACUAUGGAGGAGAUGAUUCUGACCUGAAGAUGAUAACCCCUUUGCGGUACUCUCUACGCAUUCGGGAGAAGAUGUACAAGUAUUCAGAUACUCCUAGAGAUUCUCAUGUCUCUUCAUCUGAGCAGCUGCAGGAAUUGGAAUCGAAAGCAACUGCACUUAUCCAUGAACAGAAUGACAAACUGGAAGAAGCAAGCGCUGAAGUAGAGGAGUAAAGAGUAGCAUUAACACUACAUGAGGGGGGAGAAAUUGGAUCUUUAAGAAAGCUUGAAUGUCUUAUUCUUCUAAUGUAUUUUUAGCAGCCUUAGGACAGAAACUAUCUAUACCUUGUGUGGAUAGCCUAGGAUGAAAUCUGAUUUUAUUAUGCUUUUUUUAUACUUGUAUCUUCCUGUGGUUUCAAACUCUUGUGGUAUAUCUAAUGGGCUGUUUAGUAUUUAACGAUAUCAGUGUCUUCGUGUUAAAUCUGAUUGAUACUAUAUACUUAAAGAUUAGGCUUAAUGCACUUCAUGUAACAGCUCAGUGAUUGUAUUGUUAAUAUUUACUGUUUUUCUGUUACAAUUCCUGUAAAUUCUUCAGAAUUGCAUAUUCUAAUUCUUUGCUUACAGAUCAAAAGUUACUUAGGUGUUCCAAUAGGGAAAUAUCUACUACAGAAACCAGAUAGUGAGGUAUACGACUAGUUUUAAAUGGCAAUAUCUGUAUUUUUAUGGGGUAUUUAAACAAAACUGAGUACAAUCCCUUUAGUUAGCUGAUCAUGAAUAAUCUCCCUAACCCACUUUGUCUGUUUCCAUUAGUUUGUAAUACAGUAGGCUUAUUAAAUAACAAAUCAGCUGAA